GUUUGGCCUGCAGGUAAACUAGCAGCAGCUUCUUGUCUUUUCUAAUAGAACACAGUUUAAUAAUGCGUGGCUUGAUUUGCGGACCUAAACUCGCCGCGUGUGGGAUCGUGUUGAGCACGUGGGGGGUUAUAAUGUUGGCCAUGCUGGGGAUUUUCUUCACCACACAUUCAGCAGUGCUUAUUGAAGACGUGCCUGUGCCUGAAGACAUCCACCGAGAUACAAACCCUCAGAGGAUCUACGACCUGUACAACAAGGUGGGCUACAACUGCUUCAUAGCAGCUGCUGUCUACAUACUGUUUGGAGCCGCCUCCUGCUGCCAGAUGAGGCUCAACAAGCAGAAGGAGUACCUGGUGCACUGAGGAGCUCCCAGCAGCGUGUGGACCUGUUCUCUGAUCACUCACUUCUGUCUCAGGGUUUAAAUUUCUGAUCACAAGCUACAAACUGAACACUGUGCAAGCAGAUCAAUGUUCUGCACCUUUAUGUAUUUAGGAUGAAAUUAAUUCUACCUCUAAUCACAAGUGCUGAAAUUAUUUGAUUAUGGUAGUAAAAUCUACCCACUGGAACGCGAAUAGUUGUGUUAUAGUAGUUGUUAAAAGAUUUAAAGGUCGUAAAUUAUUUUGUCUGGACCUGAUCUUCCAUACCUGCUUCACUGUACAAUAGAACAUAUUUCUGGAGUUAUUCAUUUAGCUUAUCUGUCGGUACAGUGCCUCACAGCUCUCAUAUUCUGAAUUUAGUUUCAGUCAUUCUGUCCAAAGUGUCAGCUCAUCAGAAUCAUCAUCUUACACUCAGGUACUGCUCUUAAGUCUGCUCCGCUUUUUCAAAAAGCACUGAACACGACGGAAAACAUCACAGUAACUGUGAUCUGUCUGGCAAUGUUACCUGAUGGUUCACUCAAGCCACAGUCUCUAGUUUUGUACCAGUGGGAUCCAAGGGCCCGCUGUUACUAUAAGCAUUUCGAGCAUUAAAAAGAACAUGGGUAACCGAGUUAGCUUGAUUAUAUUGUUUAUUAUAACACAAGUUUAAGCGGUAUUAUGUUUAUCUUAAUUUCAAUCCUGCAAAUGUGCAGUUUAGUCACACUUGAUCAUGACCAAGACUUUGAGCUUUUUAACACAACAUCAAGGUCUGUUGCUGUAAUUAGAAUUUAAGUUUCUCAAGAAAGUGUUAAAUACAUGAAAAAAAAUGCUAUAUAAUAUAAUACAAAGAGUACACUGACAGAAAGAACCAAUCCAAGUAUAGUUUGACAGAAUGACCUUAACUCAACGAAUGUACUAGCUUUUAGCCACAUCUCAGUCACCAUCAGUGGAUGGAGGGUGCUCAGUUUUAAUGGACCUUCAGUCACAUAGUAACAGGUGGUCUCUUUUUAAAGAUGGGUUCUGCCUUCAGGUAUUAAUGUCCUCUUUGAUCUUUCUUUGGCUGUCCACUGACUCCUGGUUGACGACCUUUGACCCCUUCCAGUUGACCGCCUGUCACGCUUUCAGAUACUGAAGCACUUCUAUUUCCACAGCAUUUCACUCAAAAGUAUAUUUCAAGCUUCAGUUAUGAUGUGGCAGGCAGCUAAUGCUUGGCUGACAUUGAAACCAUUAAAAAAACAAAUUGGUUGCAAUGCACACACACUUUACCCAACAUACAUCAAACAUAUUAUAUAUAUGUAGUUUGUGUGUAGAAUUCAUGUUGAAGGUGCUCUUUGUACAGACUGAAAACAAAUUUCCUCCACUGAGGACAAUAAAGAGUGAAUCUGAAUCUGAAUGUCCACCCUUAUUCAUUGGACACUGGCCAUGCUGUGGAUGUGGCUGUGACGCUACCAAACAGCUUUGUGGAUAUUCCAUUUACACCCCUUCACUCAACACAGACACUUUGCCUGGUCAAUAAAAUCAUGUCAUACAAAUCAUGAAUUGUCUAAUCAAUGGCUUGCAGAGCAUUUCAUACAAAUAAAAUAUUUUCCCUCA